CCCAGAGUGGGGGAAGACAUGGGGUAGCUUCAGAUGGUAGAAUCUGCGCAAUUGCUCCAUGCUCUGUUUCCUCACCCCGUACAAUACGAUGUUGUCGCCUUUCUCUACGCAGUGGUGACGAGCGAUAUCGUUAACUGUUGUUACUGCUUUAUCGGCAAGGCUGUCUAUUUGGCCAACACACGGCAAGGCAAGAUGGACGAUUAUAUGUUCAGAGAGUAUGUCAGCCAGUCGAAACCUGUGGCCGAAGAGACGAGCUACCUGGAGAUAUUUUCCUACUCGGACCCGACUCUUAACACUGUCAAAGAAGAACCUCUGCCCGCCAACGAACUUGAAAACUUCCUCCACCAGCAAGGUGUCUUCCAGCCUCCAAUCCUGCCAGUAGGUGUUACUCGGGUUGCCGGCCUGCGCAUGAUCCUGCAGCAGAAUGCUAGCCACCCCGAAACAUUCUCACCACAGUACAUCAGUCUGAAGCAGCGAGCCUAUGUAUCCAUGGUCGAGACGAUGCGACUUCCCUACCGCGGAAUUGAGAGCACAUCCGCCGUUGGCCCGUUUUUCUGGGCCGCCUUCGACCAGGAUGAGGAGAGGCCGCACUUGCAGAUCCUAUUCCGCAAGAGCGAUGUUAGGAAGAAGGGGCUCACGAGAGGAUGGGAGUUGAUGCUGUCCCAUGAUAUGCGGGGAGGCAUGACGAUGGGAUACUGUAAGGGGACAUCGAGCAGUGAUAUAGUUGCGUGCGUGCGCCAUCUCAAGGCGUGCGCGCUGCAAAUUGGUCACCCAAUGUUGCUCCCCACGAUCAUCUUUAGCCACGACAUGAGUUCAAAAACGGAUAUGAAGCAACGCGAGGCGCGAGAUUGGCUGAGAAAGCUCGAGCACGCCGUUAGUAUGCGCCAAGAGAUUGAUGACAAGGAGAGUUAUGUCGACCAAGACGGCCUGGUGGAUUUCGACCUCAUCAAUCGACACCUUGUCGAGUGCCACAGUCAAGUACUGUGGAAGCGGCCAAAGGCGUACAUGCAGAUCCUCGAAAGUUUUGAUGAAGCGAUGGAGCUAUUCAAGUCAUCUGCAGAAAGCGGCGAGCGAUGGCAGGGCGAGUUGAAGAAGCUGGAUGCCAGUAUGCUCUCACGGCACGAGUUCUACCGCAAGAAGCUGCAGGGGAUCGAUAGCUAUGCCUACACCACGCUGCAGCGACUUGCCAUCCAACGCAGCGCCUUGUACAACAUCAUCGCGCAGCGAGAGAGCAAGCUGAACUUCCAGAUGGCAGGCGAGCAGCGCAAGCUCGCGCACGCAUCGAAGCGUGACUCAGGCGCACAGAAGACGAUUGCGCUUCUCGGAGCCCUGUUCCUGCCUGGCGCAUUCCUGGCGUCUAUGUUCUCCAUGUCGUUUUUCAACUUCCAGAAUGGCGUGGUAGACGUCAAACCAGAGGCACCUAUCGUGUCGGAAUCGUUUUGGAUAUAUUGGGUGGUGACCGUCCCAUUGACACUACUUAUUGUUGGUUUGUGGCACUACUGGGAGAGGCGGAAGGAGAUGCGGUAUCAAGAAGAGGAUCUCUUGCUUGAGAAGGGCGUUGAGUCGAUGGAAAUCCAGAUUCAGGCGCAGAUGAGAAGAAGGACUAUGAGCAAGGUUGGUACAUGGGACACCAAGGCAUCUUAGAGGUGGUGGCAGGUGGCGCCGCCCGAUGCAUUAUGAUGAUGAGAUUUAUGAUAUACGGCCUAGUUGCAUUGAGCGAUUGGAUAGCAAAAUUUACUAUUCUCCUUGUUUCACGAGAGAAAGUUCAGAUAUACGACACUUCAUGUAGCAAGCAACGAUUUAUGAGAAAUGAAG